AAGGCUUCCAAGUUAGUAUUUAAGUGUAGCCAGUGCUUCAAAUAUUACCCAUCAUUUGAAGAGGUAAAAGCACAUGUAUGUGUCACACGGGUCGCCUGAUGCCAGGGCCGAGCUACACUUUCUGACAACAACGUCCACUUGUGGUUUUACGGUGAAGCUAUGGCUCUGUUUGACAACUGCUCUGUGCUUCUGGAGCUCAAGAAUUUGCCUUUUAAGGAGAAGAAGAGGCUCAAGUUGGCAGUGACUGACAAUGGGGGCAGUAUUUCCUACGUGGUCAAUAAGCAGUGCUCUCUGGUAGUGACCAGCGAUGUGCCCAGUCUGAGCUCCAACAGGCUGCGGAGCAUCCAGAAGCACCAAACCCCAGUGGUGGGGGUGGACUAUGUGUACCGCUGCCUGGAGAGAGGAACCCAGCUGCCUGUGGAUCAAUACAAGCUGGACAUUUCUUCCUCUUCCUCUUCUUCUGUUCCUCCUCCUCUCUCUUUCUCCCCAGCAAGGCGAAAUCCACUCUCACAGCAAGCACCUAAGCUAGCAACAAGCAAACCAGUUUGUGAUGGGUCCAAAGACCAGAGGAGUGUCAACUCUGACAGGUUGACAAAGAAGACGGAGAGUCAGGAGAGGACUGGAAACUUCCUGGACAAGUUCAGAAUAUAUACUGAAAAUGACGUCGAUCUGCCGUCGUAUCCAGACAAUUUUCAAGUAGCCAAGUAUUCCAUCUUUGAAAAGGUUAACAGCAGCACGUGGUCUGUGUUGGAGCUGCAGAGUUUCAGAGGAGAGGAAGGACAGCAGUACCGAGUGGUCAGGUGCUGGAAGGAUGACGUAAGAGCCAAGUCAGCGGCCGUGAGGGAUCAGCUGGUGUUCCUGUCCUCCUCAGAGGAAGCCCUGGAGGUUUACCAGACCCUAAGGAAGCAGCUGCAGGCUGCAGAUGUCCAGCCGAGGAACACCCUCCCUCCACAGGCCUGGGACCUGGGCUCUGCCCCGCUCAAACAGCUGCUGCAGGAGGAGAAGCUGAACACCGGACAUCUGUCACAGAAAGUGGGCGUCUUUGUGGAGCUGCUGUGGACGGAGGCCCUGGGUCGUCUUAGCAACGUCCUCAAAGUUUCCAUCACCAGUCUCAGCCUCAACGAUGUGAGUCGAGCUGAAGGCUUGUUGCUUCAGGCUCAGAGGAAGCUGAGGGAGUCGAGUCACGCUGAAGUGGCGUCUCUCCUGGACGAGGUUUACACUCUGCUGCCACACAGAGAGCCCCGCCCACCUGCCAGCGCCAAGCUCAUCUCACAGAAACUCGACCUCUGUCAGUUGAUCAGAGAUGUUCUGAAUGUGAGUGAGGUGACUUUGAGGAGCCCCUCCCCUUCCUGUCUGGGGAAGUACCGUGCUCUGAGGUGCAGCAUUGAAGUGGUUUCCACAGACAGCCCCGAGUUCCAGGCUGUGACCGGUCUGCUGCAGGACAGGAAGGUGGAGAUCCAACAGGUGCUGCGUGUCAGCAGAGGGGUGGAGCUUCAGAUGUUUAAGAACGAGCUCGGCAACAUUAAGCCGCUCCUUCACUCCUCCAGUCCCAGCAGCUUUGUAGGGAUCCUGUCUCGUGGUCUGUUGCUUCCCCGUGUUGGAGUGGAGCAACAUGGGAUUGAGAGAACAGACAUUGGUAACCUGGGCAGUGGAAUCUACUUUAGUGAUGCCAUGAGCACCAGUUUGAAAUACUCCAAGCCGGGUGUGACCGAUGGCUCUCGGCUGCUGCUGGUGUGUGACGUGGCAUUGGGGCAAUGCAAGGACGUCCGGAAGAAGGACCCCAGCCUGACUCAGGCACCCGAGGGAUACCACAGUGUCCACGGGGUCCGUCGCACCCCCAACACUCACUCUGAGUUUGAGGAUGAUGAGUACGUGGUGUACAGUCCUGACCAGGUGAGACUGAAGUACGUGGUUCAGUUCAGCGUUGAUGAAGACCAGCUGAAGGAGUUCAGCCCCUCCAUCGACACCUCAGCCGAGCUUCCUCAGCCACCUGCUGACCGAGUGCUGUCUUCUGAGGAGGAUGGUGUUGACAGCAGUAAAAACCCACUGGAUGAUGUGAAAGCUGGGCUGUUGGACAGCUCAGGCCAGCAGCUCCCUCUACAGGCUGUCCAUAUCAAGUGCAAGCUGAUGGAUCUGCUCUCCCAGGUCAUCAUCUUCCAGAAAUACACCAAUCACAGCUCUGUGCCCAUUGAGGCUAAAUAUGUCUUCCCAUUGGACGAUUCUGCAGCAGUGUGUGGGUUCGAAGCGUUCAUCAACGGCAAACAUGUGGUUGGACAGGUGAAGGAGAAGGAAAAGGCUCGUAAGGAGUACAAGCAGGCCAUAGAGAAAGGCCACGGAGCCUAUCUCAUGGACCAGGAUGCCCCUGAUGUGUUUACCAUCAGUGUUGGCAAUCUGCCGCCUGGGGCCACUGUCCUGAUUAAAGUUACCUUUGUGUUGGAGCUGGUUGUCAGGGACGGUCGUGUUUUAUUCUCCCUGCCUGGGAGCGUGGCACCAUGGCAGCAGAGCGCAGCGCUCAACCAGACCACCCAGGUAACUGUGGAGAAGGUGUGUGUGACUGAUGAGGCGGCAAGUAUGGGAGAGUUCACCCUGGACAUGUCCAUUGAGAUGCCCAAUGAGAUUAGCAGCCUGCAGUGCAUCACUCACAACAUCAAGAUGAAGAGGACGGACUGUAAGGCAGUGGUGAGCGUGCUGCCAGGACAGGUCAUGGGUCCCGAUGGUUUCCAGCUGUCAGUCGCCCUGUCUGACAUCCACUUACCCAGGAUGUGGGUGGAGAAACACCCUGACAAGGACAGCCAGGCCUGCAUGUUGGUUUUCUAUCCACACUUUGAUGACACUUGGAGCUUGGCCUCCAGUGAGGUUGUGAUCCUGUUGGACACGUCUGAGUCCAUGAGAGGAGAAUCUCUCCAGACAGCCAGGAGAAUCGCCCUGCAGGUCCUCAAAACCCUCGACCGCAAUGUCCGGCUCAAUGUCAUUCUCUUCGGCUCGGAUCACACAGAGGCUUUUUUUGCAGCCCAAACCCUUGCAGAGAACAUACAGGCAGCCAAGCACGUCAUUAUGUCCUCUCCUCCAGUAGGAGGCAGCACUGAGCUGUGGAGGCCGCUGCGAGCUCUCAGCCUGCUGCCCCCGUCCCGCGGCCUCAGGAACCUGCUGCUGCUGUCAGACGGCCACAUCCAGAAUGCCGACCUCACCCUCCAGCUGCUCAGAGACAACGCUCAGCACAGCCGCUUGUUCACCUGCGGCAUCAGCCCAACAGCCAAUCGACACAUGUUGAGAGCCCUGGCCCAGGCAGGAGGCGGAACCUAUGAAUUCUUCGACACAAAAACCAAACACAACUGGACAGAGAAGGUGGCGUCUCAGGUGAAGCGCAUGGCGUCUCCGGGCUGCAGCUCUGUGUCAGUGAAGUGGCAGCAAUUCAACCCGACAGCGCCUCCUCCUGUCCAGGCCCCCACCCAGCUCCACGCCCUGUUCAACAACUGCCACACGCUGGUCUACGGCUUUGUGCCGCACUGCACUCAGGCCACCCUCCUUGGCGACCUGAGCGGCCAGGAGAUCAAGACCAUGGUGUCAACCAGUGAGCUACAGAAGACCAGAGGCACAUUUCUUCACAAGCUCACAGCAAGGGCCAUCAUCAGGGAUUAUGAAGACGGAAUCCUUGAUACCAACGAAGCUGAGCAUGAGGGGAAGAAAGCAGAGCUAAAGUCCUUCAUCACUGAGAUGAGCAAAGAGUUCUCUAUCUUGUCCCAAUUCACCAGCUUUGUGGCCAUUGAGGAGAGGGACUCAGAACAGACGGAGCAGGGUUUCACAGACAUUACCAAGUUAAUUGCAGAGGAAGAUGUGGACCUCCUCCCUUACAUCAGCUGGAGCUCUUCUCAGGAUGAAGGAGAGGAAGAGGAUGAAGAUGAUUAUUAUAUGGACAUGGGUCUCUCUAUUGAUCAAAGUGUGCUCGGUUCAUGUCAGUUCAGUCAGGCGAUCUCUUACGAUGCCUGUUCUGAUGAUUCACGCAGCUUUGAGAUGGAGACAGAAGAGAUGGACGCUCUCGCAGGUGUGUGGUAUUCAGACUCAAAAUACGAAGAUGGGUCCACAGGCUCUCCACCCUACUCACCCACUAGCCCAAGUGGGAUGUACUUGAAGAGUCUUGACCUGCCUGGUAAAGAGAAAGAGCUGCCAAGAAUAGCAAUCGCUCGUCUUCCCCGUCUUUCACUGCCUGCCAGGCCCUCUCCUCCUCCUCCUCCUCCUCCAUCAAACUCUCUGUUCUCUUCUGGUGAACACCCACGUUCAUCCCUCUGUUCGCUUUUCCCUCUUCCAUUCUCAUCAAGUGCCCCACUUAUGCCUCCUGCUCCUCCUCCUCCUCCUCCUCCUCAAGCCAACAUUUCAAUGGAGGUGCCUGAGAGUUCAGCAGACAAGACCCAUCACCCUGCACAGAGGAAGAAGCGGGCUAAAAAACAGGGCAGAGCUGGACGAGCUGGUUAUGUGGACACAAGUGAGAGCAAUAAUCUCUGUGAGGUGGACCUGGGACUGAUCCACCGCACAAUGGAACAAUCUCCUGAUCUAGCUGAAGAAAGUGAAAACUACGACUUUCGCUCAUGUGAUGGUGCUUUUCUGUCCCCAUUUCAAGAAGAAGCAGCCAAUAGUUUCUCUUUCUUACGGCAAGAAGCCAGGGUGUCAUUUAAAGAACAAACACAGUCUUCUUUCUCUGCACCCCAACUGCCAACCCGAAAACACAGAUUGCUUGGUCGGUUAGCAUCUCCCAGCUCUGAGUCUUUGGGUGCAGUUCAGGAGCCAUCAGUCAGUGCUGGGAGUUAUCCAACACCAACUCCCAAAGCUUUACCAAACUUUACCAAAGCCAUACCGCUGUAUGGCUUUGGUGCAAGAUUUGGUAGCAGAGAGGCUUCCAGCCCCUCAGUGAUGGAAAGUGGCAGUCUCCAAGAACAACAAAAGAAAGCUGUCCUUUUUGGACAUACAGCAGACCAACCACACAGUUUUUCUUUUGGAUAUGCAGCAGACCAAGCAGAGGGUUUCUCUUUUGCAGCAAAAACACCAGCUCCCCCUUUACCUGUUCAAGGUGCACAAGCAACUAUUUUGCGAGCACCGCUGUCAGGCUUUGGUGCAACAUUAGAUAGCAGAGAGGCUUCCAGCCCCUUAGUGAUGGAAAGUGGCAGUCUCCAAGAAAAACAAAAGAAGGCUGUCCUUUUUGGACAUACAACAGACCAACCACACGGUUCUUCUUUUGGAAAUGCAGCAGGCCAAGCAGAGGGUUUUUCUUUUGCAGCAAAAGAUAUGUCGAUUGAUAUAAUUGAACACGCAGAAUGCCUGUCUCCAGUGGAAGAAUUGCAGUUCUCUGGAGGAAGGCAAGCUGCUCCAGACUCUGCUCUGCCUGGACGACGUUUCUUUGCCAAGGGUCCAAGUGGGACAUACCGGCAAACCUUGUCCGCUUUAAAAGAAAUCAGACAGGGUUAUACUUUUGGACAUGCAGCAGACCAACCAGAGGAUUUGAUUUCUGCGGCAAUAGCGAUGCCGAUUGACUUGAGUGAACCCGCCUCAGGUGUAGCAGAAGACCAGUCUGCACUUCCCACAGACAUGCCUGCCAAGGGGAUAGGGCGAUUACGCAAGGAGCGCUGCGCAAAACGGACCCUAAAGUUAGCACUGGAAAAGUCUGUAGUGAGGGCAGUCGCAGCUCCUGAGGAAAUGACGAUGAAGUGGGUGAAGAUCUUCCAAAUGCAACAUUCAGAGGGCUACUGGGAGUGUACUGCUGAGCUGGGAGAACUGAUAAAAGUGGAUGUAGACUCCUUUGCCAACGUGUUCCUGAAGAACAAAGGCAUCUGCUCUCUAGGUGUGAGAGCCCAUAAAGACAUCUUGAGGCUGGUGGCCACUCUGCUGGUUCUGCAGCUGAUGAGACUGGAGAGGCUGGAGGAAGGCAAGCUGCUGCGCACUCUGUUCUGCCUGGACGACUCUCCUCAGCCCAGGUCUGAGCGGUGGGAGGCGGUAAAGAGGGCAGUGGACUGGGUCUUCUGGGCCGACCGCGAAUACCCGUGCAUCCACAGCCGACUGGAGUUUGGCUGGAGCUGGGAAUCCUCCACCCGCCAGCUGCUGGGUUAUGAACACCUCCCUCCUUGCUCACCUCUCAGGGGUCUGCAGACCGGGACCCCUCUGCAGGUCCACUGACCAGGCUGCCAUUAUUAUCAACUUUGCUGACUUGUCUUCUCAGGAUUGUAAUGCCAUUUUGCAAUUUCUUUUUCUUUUUUACACUGCACAAGGCCAUUUUUAAAUAGAUUGUAAUUGCUUAUAAAGGGAUUUGUUGGGGAAACAUUUAGCUGAUAAUUUAGGGACACAGUUUUUAAUUGAUAUGUAUAUGAAUAGAACGACACUUCAAAUGUGUGUUCAGUACUGUCACAACAACAAGAGCACUUACAUCAAGAAUCGGUUCAGUGCUGCUGGCUACAAAAAGUUUGCCAAAUGGACAUGUACAAAUACAUCUUUAUCACCUAUUUUUAAUUUUUGUUCUGUCAUUUUCUGUUCUUUUUGUUGUGGUUUUAGGCAACCAAACAAAGGCUUUGUAGUUGCUUCACUUAAUCUUCUUGUAACCAGGUGAAAAGUCUUUGUCUUGUCUUUGUAGACUCUGCUCAUUUAACCUGACCAAACUGGACAGUUUAAUUUAGCAAAACAUCCAGUGUUGCAUAACAUGCUACCACCGCUGCUGCUAUCAUGUGUUUAAAAUAAGACCUGAUAAUUAGCCUACCAGAUGCUACGGCUAGCACAUUAUUAUCAACACAAAAUCAAUUAUCUGCAGAAAUUAAAAACUCAUUUCAACAUGCAGCGAUUUUAUUAUGUAAACAGUAUUUUCAUUUCUUCACUGUGGAUGUUAGUCUUAUCUGAAUGAUUUAAUUGUAAAAUUAUAUCAUUGUGUGCAACCAAUAAACAAAUGGUGAAUGCAGACCAGA